UUUUUCCACUCUAUAACGAAAAGAUCUGGGAGGAAAUGGUACCAUGUACUAUGUCGAUUGUCCGCUGCUGCUGUGCAGUUUUCGAUGUGCUUUUCUAUUUCAUCUUAUUUUCUUCAAUCAAAUUAUUUCUAUUGCUACUCUAUCAUAUCACAUUUCUUACAUAUUUUUCUUUUUUUCUCUUUUCACAUAUUCUCUUCUAUUUCCUUUUUUUCUCCAGACAACUAAAUACACCCAAAGAUAACUUCUCACUGCAUUUUUGUGCUAAAAUUGCGUUUUUCAUUCUGCAAAGUGUAACCACGUGUAAAAUGAUGUAAGACAGCAGAAAACAGAACUGAUAUGGAAGAGUUUAAGGUUUGAAGUUGAACAGCUUGUGAAUGUGACACUGACACGCCUUGCUUUUCCAUUUUUGGAUUAAACAAAGUUACAAAACCAUGAAAUCCUCACAUUCAUACGCAAAACCCAUUUUUCUCUUUCACUUGACUCACUUCACUUGUUCUUCAAGCAUGGUACCUUCAUUCAGUUUGACUUUGAAGCCCUCGGAAUCCGCUCCAUCUCCAUUAUUCUACUUCAUCACCGCUUCUCUCCCACAUGGAACCGCCCCUGAUUCACACUAUCACCUUAAUUGCUCUUCCCUUUCUUUCUCCCUUUGCGUGUUCUUCAAAAAGUUUGAAUCUUCAUGUGGUGAUUUCCCCUUUUCCGCAACUGGGUGGUGGGCACGGUUUUUCCAUUCCCCUGGCAGUUUUUUCUUACUUUAUCUCCAUGUGGGUUUUCGCCAUUUAGUUCAAGUUUGAAUCUUUGUGGAUGAUCACGCCGUGGGCACUGUGUGAGAUAGUUAUCCUGUGCACAAGUUAAGGAUAUGUCGUCUGAUUUUAAGUUAGACAUUUUUUCUCAGCAUGAUUCUGAAGAACCCGGGUUAGGCACCACCAUAACAUCGAAAAUGUUUCUAGAUGAAAAGGCUAAUUCUGUACAAACAAUUCGUGAGCAAGGAAAGUUGUCAAUCAACAACUUUGCCACAAAUGCAGAGCGCAGAACUUUGAAUGAUAGAUUUCUGAAAGCAAAUAAAGCUACAAUUGGUGAUAAUGUCAGUCUUCUUGAUGAGGAGGAAAGGCAUCAUUUGCAUGGAUCAGCUAAGAAGUCUGGACCUCUUAUCUCAGGAGCGGCCUACUGUAUUUCUUCUUGCUCCAUGAUAAUGCUGAACAAAAUUGUUUUAUCAGGUUAUAAUUUUGAUGCAGGAAUAUCAUUGAUGUUUUAUCAAAACUUUAUCGCUACUCUAGUUGUUGUUCUGUUGUCUCUCUCUGGUCGAAUUUCAGUUGAAAAGCUCAGUUGGAGGCUGAUCAGGGCCUGGAUCCCUGUCAAUGUGAUAUUCGUUGGCAUGCUUGUCUCAGGCAUGUAUAGUUUGAAAUACAUAAAUGUUGCCAUGGUGACUAUUCUCAAGAACAUGACAAAUAUCUUAACAGCAAUUGGAGAAUUGUAUUUAUUUCGGAAACGUCAGAGUCCCAAAGUGUGGACUGCAAUGUUUAUGAUGAUUAUCUCUGCUGUGAGUGGUGGUAUUACAGAUCUCUCCUUUGAUGCAGUUGGUUAUACCUGGCAGAUUAUCAAUUGUGUUCUAACUGCAAGUUAUUCACUUACCCUUAGGCGGGUUAUGGAUGAAGCAAAAAACGCAACAAAAUCUGGAUCUCUUAAUGAAGUGUCAAUGGUGUUGCUGAACAACUUAUUGUCUUUACCUUUUGCCAUCAUCUUGAUUUUCCUUUUUGGCGAGUGGGAUUAUGUAAUACAUGCUGACGUAGUUAAACUGCCGAUAUUUUGGGUGGUUGCAACAGCCAGUGGACUGCUUGGACUUUCCAUCAGCUUUACCUCAAUGUGGUUCUUACAUCAAACUAGCCCUACAACAUAUAGUCUUGUAGGUUCCUUAAACAAGAUUCCAAUCUCUAUUGCUGGCAUUUUAGUGUUCAAAGUUCCUCUCAGUGUAUCAAAUUUAUUCAGCAUUUUGUUUGGUCUUUUUGCUGGUGUACUCUUUGCAAGAGCCAAGAUGUCGUGAUAACAGCAAGCCAAUGAAGUGUGAGAAUUAAUACAUUUAUGACAAUUAUAUAGGUUUUUGAUUAAGCCGUGCAAAUGCAACUCUUAAUAUAGCAUUCAAACGUGGAAUAAAUAUCUGAUACACCUAUAAGGGAAGUAUCAAUUAUCAAAUUUUCCUGGCAUAGGAAUCAUGAGCAGGCAAGACUGUUCCUAGUUAUAUCUUAUUUAUUUUUUGUAGUUAUAUUCGAAUUCUACACAGGAACUAUAUAUAACACCGAAUGUAUUACUUCUUGUUGAUGAUAUUAUUCUGUAAAUGGUUAUGCAAUUUUGUUCUUGAUGUGA